AUGACAAUCACUUCUACUCUGAUUGAAGAUGAAGGACAAUAUAGAUGUACUGAAGGAGCAGGAAACUUUGAUGAGGCAGAACUUACAGUAGAAGUCGAAUCGACACGGUCACUGUCAGUAGAAAGUACAACAGAGAACAACAGUGACAUGUACGUAGCAACAUGUGAAGCUGUAGGAGGUAGACCAGAUGAAACAAUCACAUGGAUGUUAGAUGAUGGUCCUUCACCUUGUGAUAAUCCAGUAGAAACGCCUAUUCCAGCUGGAUCAGGUCUAUCUAGUAAGGAGAGUGUCUGCACAUUUCAAGCUACCAGUCAGAACAAUAAUGGUCAAACAGUGAAAUGUGUCAUCAGCGGUCAUCUAGUACCUGACCUCAAUGGAGAAGAAACAAUUACUCUUCCUAUGCAUAGUGAGCCCAGUGCUGGUAUUUUAACGGUUGGAUUCCAGUUCCUUGAUCCAGGCCUCAGAGUGUCAUGUGACAUUGAUGUUGCAGACCAACCUGUGCCAAGCACGAGGAACUUUUAUAUACUCUCCAAUGAUACUCUGAUACAUCAAUCCUCAACGGGUGUCAACUUUGUGGUUGUUCCAGAAUCAGAAUUCGACCUCUAUACAGAGUUUACUUGCGUAGCAGGGAAUUAUCUUGGAAAUGUGACAAGUCUACCAAGAAGUUUUGACCCAACCAGUUUCGAAGAGUCAUCGAAAACCGUUUCUAGAGAAAGUAGACACGUAUCUCAGGAGGCAAACGACAACACGGCGUAUGAGAUGAUUCAGAACGGAGAUAGAGCAUACACAUCCCUCAAACUCGGUCAAUCCCACUCUUCUAUCAUUGCUCCUGAAAACGUGACGUUUUUCACCAGACUCGGUUCAAUCGGACGCGGUGACUUCGGAGGGGUAUGGAAGGGAGAACUCCUCUCGAAUCAAAGUCAAGUAGCCGUUGCUAUCAGGCAGAUUCCCGAUCAAGUGACCAAAUCAACCAACGUUCUUCGAGCUGUCAAGGUUCUUUCUGAGCUACCGGAUCACCCGAAUGUUGUCACGUGCCUGGGAUAUUGUCAAGAGCAAGGUAGCAUUCUGUACGAGUUCAUCUCUUGGGGUACCCUACUCACCCAUCUACAGACCACAGGGGUGCAAUCCCAACCCACAUACGGCAAUCUCAAACCAAAGAGGGUUCGUAUCGAUGAAGGUAGUCUACUCAACCUGGCUUGGCAAAUUGCAAAAGGAAUGCAAUAUCUCGCAUCAAAGAAGAUCAUCCAUGGAACUCUCUGCGCUCACAAUGUUUUACUAGCAGAUAGAAAGCAAUGCAAGCUAUCAGAUUAUGGACUAUCUUCAUCACUAUUUAGCGACAGAGGUAAGCCAACAAGAUGGACUUCGCCUGAAACCAUGAUAACUGGUGACCAAUCAACAGAAGGAGAUAGCUGGUCUUUUGGUAUCGUCUUGUGGGAAAUUGUGACAUUAGGUGCGAGGCCCUACCCUAAAAUGACGUUUGAUACAGUCCAAAAGGAGGUUGCCAAUGGUUACCAGAUGCCACGCCCUCGCCAUUGUGGACAAGAAGUGUAUACGGUCAUGUCUGGUUGUUGGGAGAAGAAAGCUACAAAUCGGACUAACUUUGAUCAGAUCCUCAAGAGUUUGGAAAGGAUUCUAGAAAAGACUCAUAAUUACCUGUCUCUCAAUGACUUGGAUGAAGGAUUGUAUGCGUCUACACUGGACAUGUGAAAUAAAGCCUUGUUCGAAUGUGCAGCCAUACUACAAUGCAUCUAAAUCGUGUACGCUGUACGAUGGUCGGACCCGAGCCAACUGGGACUAUGGAGAUAGUAUAGGGACAUUAGAGGGACUAACUUGUGUUAAACUUAGCCAAGAAUGCUGUAUCGGGCUAGAUUGCAAAUACUUGUAUGAAUCUUGCAUCAAGUAUAUACGUCUGUUUAAAAAUGUAUUUUUCUUUUAAGAUCAUUUGGUAGAGAUUUGUAAAAUACUUACUUAAAAAAGAUAGAGGUGCAGCUAUCCUAGAAAACAUGACAUUUGUGAAUAUCAAGAGGUCCUAGUAUAGCAACCGAUCUCAUACAUUUAACAACUCAUUCUUCUAAUGUUUUAAUUUACCUUGCAACGUUUGCCAAUGUUUGUAUUAUUUCAUAGUAUUCUUGUAUGUGGAUGACCGCCUACCCCAUUUCUUUUUUUCAUUUCAUCAACCCCCUCCUCUCUGGCUCUCUC